AUGGGCCUGGCGGUGGUGGUUCUUAUACAGAUGCUGGGGAAUGGGGUCCCUCGGGGGGUUCAGGCCCAUGUCCAGCGCCCUCGGCGCCCCGUUUUGGGCCUUUCCACCUGGAACGCCUACGGCCAGAACAUUGAUGCUAAGCUGAUCGAGGCCAUCAUGCAAGCUCUCAUCGAUUCGGGACUGCGGGAUGCCGCGCUGUUCUCAUGCCCGGGUGCUACCGCUCAGGGCUAUACGCUGAUUGCUUUGGACGAUGGGUGGGGUGCCCAGAACCGCAACGCUUCUGGUUGCAUUGUCGGCGAUCCUGUCAAGUUCCCCGCCGGAAUGAAAGCGCUCGGUGAUGCCAUCCAUGCCAACGGCUUUCUCUACGGCUUGUGUGAGAGGCUAGCCCACGACACGGCACGGAGCAACUUGACUUGUGGGGGCAAGAUGCCGGGUAGUCUGGGCCACGAGCCGCUGGAUGCCGCCACUUUUGCUGCGUACGGUGCCGACUGGCUCAAGAACGACGACUGUCGCGUCGUCUAUGCAGAUGCCGCUCAUGAUUACGGCGCCAUGGAGCAAGCACUGUCUGCAGUGCCCCGACCCAUAUUGCACAACGUCAAGGCCCCUGAUCUCACCCCUCAGCAAGCCGUCAAUGUGUCGCAAUUUCGCCGCGUGGCCAAAGACCUCAAGAACACGUGGGAAGACAUGACGCGCGUGCUGGAUACGGCCAACGACCAACGCUACAUGGACGUGACGGGACCCGAAAGUGGCUUCUUCCAGGAUCUCGACAUGCUGGAGGUGGGCAAUGGAAACGAUGGGCACGGCCAAGCUGCCAUGAACAUUACCGAGUGGCAGGCCCACUUCUCGCUAUGGGCUGCUUUCAAGUCGCCCUUGCAACUUGGCAAUGACGUCCGCACCAUGGCCCCAGAGGUUUUGGCCAUUCUCAACAAUACCGAGGUCAUUGCCGUCAAUCAAGAUGACCUGGGUCAGAGUGUGCGCCGUGUGGCGCUCGCACCGGGCCGAUCUUUUUCCUCGGCCACAAAAGUCUAUCUGGCGCCGUGUGCGCAUCGAUCGGAUGACCCUGUACGCCAACUUCAAAUGUGGUCCAUCAAUGGCACGCAGAUUCAUGCUGAGAAUCAGACCAUUCAGUCAAUGGGGGCUGGCACUUCCUGCUGGCCGAGCUCAGGAACAACUGUCUCGGGCCUUGCCACGUGCUGUCUGGACGCAGAGGGCAGUCAUGUGGAGGUGGACAAGUGUGGCUGGUCGACCGACCAUCGACGCCAACAAAUGCUAGUGAGUGGGGACGGCACCAUCCAAAACCAGCUGGGGGAGCAGUGCCUCACGCUGGCAGAAACGCUGGAAGUGUAUGCAGCACCGCACCGACGGAAUUUACGAUAUUGUAUCAACCACACACACAUGCACGCGCGCACACACACACACACAACCGCACGUCGCAUGUCCGGCUCGUCCAUCGUGACUCUUUCUCUCGAAUCUCUCUCUCUCUCUCUCUCUCUCUCUCUCUCUCUCACAAACUUUCUCUCUGUGGUGGCCUGUUGGCUGUAUGGCGGCGCGACCCUGCGUGAGGCGGCACCCUUUUAUGUCUGCGUGCAUGGUUUUUCCACGGAAGCAGCCAUCUACGAUGAGAUCUUGCAGACGCUGCUGGCAGAUCAGCCGGGCGCUGGCGCCGUGAGCAUCGACCUGUACGGUCGUGGCGCCUCAGCUGCCCUCGACCUGCAGAACCACCAUAACACACUCGAGAUCUUCUCGAGCCAGAUCUCUGAUGUCCUCUUUCACUUGGCGCCCCAGACCCGAGGCCGCAGCACGCAUGACCUCACCAUUGUCGGCUAUUCCAUGGGUGGCCCGAUCGUUGCCAACUUUGCCGUCCUGCACCCGACCAUGCUGCAAAAGCUGGUUUUGGUGGCCCCGGCCGGCCUGCCCUCUCCUCUGCCGCUCACGGCGCAAAUCGUUCAGACCCCAAUCUUGGGCAACCUCCUCUUUCAUCUGGCUGCUCGCAGCAGUAUGCAAUCACACAUCAUUGAAGGUUCGCCCAAAAACCGAGCACCAGCCUCCCUCGCCGCAAUCACCUUCUGGCCCAGCCCCUGCGCUCAACAAGCAUAG